CCAGUAUUAAGCUUGAUGGACGCUUCUAGGUCGUCUCGCUCAACAUACAUGCGGGUGAUGCCCUGAUGUAGACCGACUUGCUGAAACAGGUGUGGUGACACUUGCAUGAAAUUUCCCAGAGCUGCCCAGCUUGCCGGUUGAUUUCGUAUAUAUCCUCUCUGAAAGCCCGGGACAACCAUCCCGGAAGGCUCUCAAAGGAUUUGACCCAGUCCAUUUCAGCAGAUGUGAGCCCGUCAGGUGGUUUCACACUCCAUCCGCCUGUGCUUACAGUCCGCCUAAAGAUUGUGUCCAUGCUUGGAUAUAUCUGGUUACCCUGUUCGUUGUAGUUGUCCGCUUCGGUGCGCGUGAACAUCCUGGCAUCCCCACCACCAUGCGUCGUCCCUAGCUUCGUCCAAUCCUGGGUUGAUCGCGGGUCCGGGCCUGCGUCAUGGACUUGAACAGAGUAUCCACCGGCGGCCAGAUAAUGUGCAUUAAUGAGAUUCAUUAUUCCCGCUCCAACAAGGAUCACUACGCCCCGGCGAUUGACCAGUGUCCGCCGAAUUCCGGUGAGUCUUCGAGUCUGGGCAUGCUGUGCUCCAGCGCAACGAAGCACUUGUUCACAGAACGAAAUUUCUUUCAAGCCCUGCUCUGGCCACUCAGCGAUAUGGACUGUCUUACUGUCGGUAUAAUCCUGUAUUCGUCGUAUGUUCUGCACGUCCCGAACUAGCAUCAACCUUGACGGGAGAGCGUUGUGGCCGAGCCAUUGUCUCAUCAGAUUGAUGUCGACCUCAUCGCCACCGCAUAUCCAGAUAUCAACAGGUAGCGUUCAGUCAGACGUUCAGACACCUUCCAGCUUCGUGUAGCAAAAUUCAGUCACACAUCGGAAAUUCUUUCUGUUUCUAAGUCCAAGAAUAUGUCCUCUCCGCUUCGUAUUGCCAUAUUGGAGUGCGAUGAACCGAUUGGGGAGACCAAAAAGAAAUAUGGAUCAUUUGGCAACCUGUUCCAUCUAUUGUUCGCUGCAGGUGUCAUACGCCUACAGCGAAAUAGCUUUAGAGAAGGCCCUGAAAUUGUCGAAUCCUCAUACGAAUGUUCGUCUGGGCGGAAUUAUCCUUUGCUAGAUGACAUCGAUGCAGUUGUCUUGACGGGUAGCAGAUACGAUAGUUUCUCAAAUGGAGAGGAAAACUGGAUUCUGCAACUUGUCGAUUUUGUUGCAAACCUGCUGCAUCAACAAACAAGGGUGAAAGUGAUAGGAGUCUGCUUUGGGCACCAGAUCAUUGGGCGAGCAUUGGGUAUGAUGCCGGUGAGGAACGAGAAUGGAUGGGAGGUUGCGGUCACAGAAAUCGAAAUGACAUCGAAGGGUCGACGAUUGUUCGACUUGCCUUCCCUGGCGCUUCACCAGAUGCAUCGAGACACGUUGCCUGCCUGUCCAGCAAACGUGGAGCUUCUGGGUUGGUCAGAGCGAUGCUUGGUGCAAGUUAUGUACCAGAAAGGCCGUCUGCUAAGUAUGCAGGGUCAUCCACAGUACCAUAGGAGCAUUGCGGAUGAGUUGCUAGAGCACCACGGUCCUAUUGGGCACAAAACCCUUCAGACCAGUCGCGCCAUUUUGCUUGGCGAUGGCUGGGUUAAAGUUUGGGAUGUUUUGUGUAAGAUUGUUUGUCAGCUUGUCCAGGAACACAUUCUGUGAGAUGGAUAGGAAGAUGAUGCCACCAAGCAUCUGCACAAAGUUCAGCAGUACCAAGGCUGCAGGAACAAGUGGCUUCUCAAGCACGGUUUGCAGGGCAAUGAAAGGAGGCCGGAAUGCCAUACCAAUGCUGAUACCAUAGAUAAUCUGGUAAGCUAUCCAUCGUGCUGCAGGCGUAUGGGUUUUGAAUGUGGCCAUCAAUGCUGCUCCA